AUGGAGUCCUACUUCUUUAGUUACAGAACUCAGAAUGACUUCAUAUAACCUCUAACAACGUUGAGUUCAUUGACAUGCACAACAGCGUCGGCGAAGAUGUUCAGUGUUGCAAUGGGAGCAGUGCACCAGCAGUUUAUAAGCCAGGAUAGUGACACAACAUUUGAACAGUUUCACGCUGCCAUGCGUUGACCUUUUCACGUAAGUUUCACGUUCAAUGCCGCUAUGCCCGGUAGACACUACGAUGCGCCCCGACUGAAGGAAGUAAAAGAUUUCUUCGAUAAGUGGAAACAGUUGGCUACGCCUGGAGAAAAAGAGAAGGAAUUUGUCACAUUUAUGAACGAGAACGUUAAACCUAGCCGGGCUGAUCACGCUACUGUGUUCGCUGGAAUGGUGACGCCUCCAGCGGCCUUGGCUGCAAAAAGUGCUGGGGAGGAUCUUCCCCAGCUGAAAAUGAUCAAGAACGUCCCCGAUGUCCUAUUUGUGCCAACCGCAACAGUAUUAGCACUCAUUUCUGUAAAGAUUUCCAGAAGAAUGUUCAUGAAGAAAUUAGCAACAUAAGAAUAACCUAGGCGGAAAUGAAACGAGACCAUAAAUAUCCUCUCGUUGAUAGAGACAACGCCUGGUUGCUCUUCCCAAACCUUUCCUUUAACCCCAAAAGAAAACUCCAGUAUAUUAUGUAUAGGA